UACAUUCAGGGUUAAGUUUCAGUUUCCAUUUAACUCUUUUAACAUUCAAAUCUUUGUAGAAAGUUGCUAAUUUUGUGUUCAAAAUAACUGCAGAAAAUCAGAAAUGCAUGUGCAGGCUGUGCGUACUAGUUAAUUUUGGUCAGGGCUUUCAUUUGAAGUGUUAUUUUCCAUAUCAUAUCUUUGCUUAUCUCUUUCAGAUGCAAGCUGCUAUGGAUGAAGCGAGUUCUAGGGAUUUGAAAGCUUGUCUAUUAGAAACAAGUACAAUGCUCUGGUCAGCUCUCAAGAGGAUUGAUGAUCUUUUGGAGGAGCAGCAGCAGCAGCAGCACAAAGUCGAUUUGGAUGAAACUUUCUACGAACCUGCUGAAAGGCAGGCUGCUGCUGGCAAGAUGUUUGAACUUGACCAAGAGGAAUUAAGUCAGGGGGAUGACCCGUCAGAUGGCUGCAUCAGGGGAGCAAAUGAACACAAUGCUAAUGGUGCCGAAGAGGAGCUGAGCCAGAUGGACGUCUCGUCUGAUUGGUCAGAGGGGUCUGAGGGUGAACACAAUGCUAGCUCAACUCCUGAAAAACAUGUUUGCAGGCUACCUAGGUGUUGGGAGCACCAGCCUUUUAGAGGAACGGACCGAGAAAUUGCCGGCCUCCCUAAAGAGGAAAAGCGGUUGCGCUCCAAGGAGCCCGCCUACACCCCUAAAGGAUUUUGGAGUCUGGACAUGUAACUGUAAAUGUAACAUGGACUUGUAAAUUUAAAUUAAAUAUGCAUGUAACUUUUUGCAAGCAUUUAUUCAUUAUGUCUAUCCUCCUCCUGUUCUUUAUUGCAUUCUUCAUAAAUACCAGAUUAUUCAGAAAAGGUAACAGGGCAAAAUUUGUUUCUACUAGAAAU